UGAAGUGGAGCUAAGGGCAGGACCUGCAGAUCUCUGUCCUGCACAUGUGAUGGGCUCCUGUCCUCAGGUCCAUUCGGAGCAGUGGCAGCUGUCCACCAGCAAGAUCCCUGUUCAGCAAAUGCAUCUGUUUCACGUCCACAAUUACCCGGACUAUGUUUCCUCGGGCGGUGGAUUCGGGCCUGCUGAUGACCACGGUUAUGGUAUUUCUUAUAUCUUCAUGGGGGAUGACAUGGUCACCUUCCACAUCUCCAGCAAAAAAUCAAGCACAAAAACAGAUUCCCACAGGCUGGGGCAGCACAUUGAGGAUGCACUGUUGGACGUGGCCUCCCUGUUCCAGGCGGGACAGCAUUUUAAGCGCCGGUUCAGAGGGUCAGGGAAGGAGAACUCCAGGCACAGGCCCAGCCAGGGAUUCCCAGCUGCAGUCACAGCUUUGACCACAGCCCGGAACACCUGCCCAGUGUACUUCAUUUCCUGUGGGGAAAAGAAAGAGAUCAGAUUUUUACUGUGUCUGUGUAGAAAGAAGUAGACACAGGAGACUCCAUUUU